AUGAAGCUCACAGGCUCCCACUAUCUUUUGCUGCUAUCAACAUUACUUGGACUGUCCGGCGCAGACUCCUCCCCCAACGAUGACUCCGCAUGCAUCGCUCGAUCGCCGACGACCGGGCUAUUCUUCGAUCUCAAUGCGAUCUCAUUAUCUCCGCCCGAGAUGAAAGGCGGCAAGAAGGUUUCGCAGGAUGCGCGGGAUGACAGCUGGCAUGCGAAAGGUCACGACUACCCAGCCAACUUCACAAUCAACAUCUGCGCACCGGUCAUUGAGAAUGUGACGAACGUGGUGGGUGUGGAGUCUUCACGGUGGAAGAACGUCAGUGCAUAUUAUGAACGGGAUGAGAAAGUGUAUUCUAUUGGAGAGCAAGCCUCCGAACCCUUCUUCCGUGGUCGCAAACUCGUCCUCAACUAUACCAAUGGAUCACCGUGUCCCGAUGACUUGAAUAUGGCCAGCACAAAUGCUUCAACACGGAGAAAGUCCACCAUCAUGUCCUUCCUCUGUGACCGUGAUGCCCCGGCAAGCAUUGCAACUCCCUCGUUUGUUGGCUCCAUGGACUCGUGCACAUACUUUUUCGAAGUCCGCAGCUCAGCGGCAUGUGGUGGAAUCGCUGUUGAUCCCCAGGCUGGUGGUCUGGGACCAGGCGGCGUAUUCGGCGUGAUUAUGCUUAUUGCUGUCGCCGUUUAUCUCAUUGGAGGUUGUGCCUAUCAGCGAACAGUCAUGCACCAGCGUGGCUGGCGCCAGUGCCCCAACUUCAGCCUCUGGGCUGGUGUUUUUGACUUUGUCAAAGACAUGUUCAUUAUAAUCUUCUCUUCGCUCGGAAAUCUUCUGCGGUGCAAGGGCUCACCUUCGAGAAAUGGCUAUACCCGUGCGGAUUCCAACGGCCGAGGGGGUUUCAUCGGUGCCAUUGGAGGACGCGGACGUGGUGAUUCAGGACGUGAUGUGGAUGCUGAGAAUCGGCUCAUAGAUCAACUCGAUGAAGAGUGGGAUGAUUAG